AUGUCCUCUAUCAAGUCCCUCGCCCUGCUGGCUCUGGCCACCGGUUUCGCCAGCGUAGUCAACGCAGCAGAGACUGGUAAGACCACCCGCUACUGGGACUGCUGCAAGGGCUCUUGCGCAUGGCCCGGCAAGGCCGAUGUCUCAGCUCCCAUUACCACUUGUGACAAGAACGACAACCCUUUGACUGAUGCCAACACUGCCUCUGCCUGUGAUGGUGGUUCUGCAUACAUGUGCUCCGACCAGUCCCCUUGGGCUGUUUCUGAGGACUUGGCUUACGGUUUCGCUGCCGCAAACAUUGCCGGUGGCUCAGAGGAGAGCUGGUGCUGCUCUUGCUACAAGCUCACUUUCACGACUACCUCCAUUGCUGGCAAAACUAUGAUUGUCCAGGCUACCAACACUGGCGGUGACCUCGGCAGCAACCAAUUCGACCUCGCCAUCCCUGGUGGCGGCGUCGGUAUCUUCAACGCCUGCACUGACGAGUGGAACGCUCCCUCUUCCGGUUGGGGCGCUCAGUACGGCGGUAUCAGCACCAACACAUGCAGUGCUUUCCCCAAGGCCCUGCAACCCGGAUGUGGCUUCCGUUUCGACUGGUUCGAGAACGCUGACAACCCCGAGAUGGAGUUCGAGCGUGUUGAGUGUCCCGCUGCGAUUACUGCAAAGAGUGGAUGUAAGAGAGCCGAUGAUGGAUCUCAGGCCUACCCAUCCAUCGUCUCGGCUGCUGCUGCUUCUUCGUCGUCGCCUGUUGCUUCUUCCUCUUCUGCUGCUGCUCAGAAGGUCGCUGCUACCAGCGAGGCUGGUCCUGUUGCUUCUUCCUCUGAAGUCGCUGCCUCGUCUGCUUACUCUGCUCCUGUCCUUGAGUCAUCUGCUGCUGCCUACUCCUCUGCUGCCGUUGUCGAGUCGUCUGCUCCCGCCUACACAUCCGCCGCCUCUGUUGAGUCUUCCAGCACUGGUGUCUCAUCCGCUGCUGCCUCUUCUGCCUCCGCCAACUCAGACGAUGCAAACUGCAACGUCCAAUACGUCUACGAGUACGACCUUUAA